AUGCCUCCUCCGCCACAGCAGCUUCUGUGUAAGGCAGUCCAUCCCCUGGCUGCUUCUGUCACGUGCCCAGAUGAUGUGGAGGUGUGUCCAAGGCACCCGCAUGGGGCUGAGACAGGCCCCAGCAUCAGCAUCGGCGAUCUUCCAGAUGUCAAUUUCUGGCACAUUGGGAGGAUGUUAACACUAGCAAGCACAAGUAAAUUUUAUAAUAACUUCAAGGCUAUCAGCUGCAAAGGUCAGCACAGCAUAUCCUACACUUUGUCAAGGAGCCAGACCGUGGUGGUGGAGUAUACACAUGACAAAGACACAGACAUGUUUCAGGUGGGCAGGUCAACAGAAAGCCCUAUCGACUUCGUGGUCACAGACACCGUUUCUGGCGGUCAGAACGAUGAUGCCCAGAUCACGCAGAGCACCAUCUCCAGGUUUGCCUGCAGGAUCGUGUGUGACAGGAACGAGCCAUACACAGCACGCAUAUUCGCAGCUGGAUUCGACUCUUCCAAGAACAUAUUUCUUGGAGAAAAAGCAGCCAAGUGGAAAAACCCCGAUGGCCACAUGGACGGGCUCACCACCAAUGGUGUCCUGGUAAUGCACCCCCAAGGCGGCUUCACAGAGGAGUCCCAGCCUGGAGUCUGGCGAGAGAUCUCUGUCUGUGGAGACGUGUACACCUUGCGAGAGACUAGGUCGGCCCAGCAGAGGGGAAAGCUGGUGGAAACUGAGACCAAUGUCCUGCAAGACGGCUCCCUCAUUGACCUGUGUGGAGCCACUCUUCUCUGGAGAACCGCAGAUGGCCUUUUUCACACUCCGACUCAGAAGCACAUUGAGGCCCUCCGGCAGGAAAUCAAUGCAGCCCGACCCCAGUGUCCCGUGGGUCUCAACACCCUGGCCUUCCCCAGCAUCAGCAGGAAGGAGGUGGUGGAGGAGAAGCAGCCCUGGGCGUACCUGAGCUGUGGCCAUGUGCACGGCUACCACAACUGGGGCCAUCGGAACGACACGGAGGCUAAUGAGAGGGAGUGUCCCAUGUGCAGGACUGUGGGCCCCUACGUCCCUCUCUGGCUGGGCUGCGAGGCAGGAUUUUAUGUCGAUGCAGGACCCCCAACUCAUGCUUUCACCCCCUGUGGACACGUGUGUUCAGAGAAGUCUGCAAAGUACUGGUCUCAGAUCCCACUGCCCCAUGGAACCCAUGCAUUUCACGCCGCCUGCCCGUUCUGCGCCACGCAGCUGCUUGGUGAACAGAACUGCAUCAAAUUGAUUUUCCAGGGUCCAGUGGACUGACGCCCUGGACGGCCAUCUACACAUUAUUAACACGUUACUGUGAAGAUUUUGCCACUAACUGUAGAUUCUACCUUUUGUAAUGCUGUUUGUUAAGGGGAAGGUGGACUGGGUUGGGGAAGAAGACGGGGCUGGUUAUGAAACGUGGCAGGAGUUGACAGACACGGCUGUGCUCUGUGUUCUCGGAACAGCAGCAUCGUCAUUGAGGUCUGCCCGAUUAAACUUUAACACCUGUGUAAUGACUGGAUUUCAACUGCCAUGCUUUUGUUUUUAACUUUAGGUUUUUAACCAGAUCUUUUUUUUUUUUUUCCUUUGUAAACUUGGGUAAGACUUUACAUCUUUUUUCAUAAAUGUAGAAGAAAUGUAUUCAACAGAUGUCUUAGUGGACAGCCUGCAGAGCUGUGUGGCACAGUUGUCACUCAUCUUGUGAUGUGCAGUGGCCGGGAAUACCUGACAGUGGCCAGAAUCUGACCCAACCCCAAAGGGUCGGCCCUGCCAUGAUUCCCGUGGAUAGGAGACACAGGCCGGGCACUUGUCUUGAAAUCUGCAGCUUGUUUUCUCAUUUAGUUUUCUCACUUUGGGUAGAAGAGAAUAUUAAUAUGCUAUUAUAGUUUAACUUCAAUGGAAUUUACUUACACACUCAUUCAUCAGAUACUUGGCAUGUCAAACAAGGAAUUUCCCGUAUUCUAGUCUGCUCUGUUAUUUUUGUUUGAUAUGGACUGUUUCUGGUCCUCAUCUCACAUGUCAAGAAUUGAUUGAUUGAUUAGUUGGUUGAGUGAUCGAAGUCUAGCAGCUCUUUGAAGUUCAUGAACUGAGGUGGCAGUGUGACAGGAGCUAAGUGGGGCUGCUGUAGCUGCUGGCGGCAGUGGGCGUGUCCUGGGUACUCUCCUGUCAGCUUUAUCUGCAUACUGAUUGCUUAAGACCCAAGAGGGAUUUAAAAUAUGCUUCUGCUUUUUAAAACCACUUGUUGGCACUUCAUAGUAUGGUUUCCUCUUCCUCUGUGUCCUCGUCUCUUAUAAGAAAGCCCAAAAGCAGCAAAUGACUAUGAUACAGUCAUUUUUGUCCACUAUCUGCCUGCCUACCAUCUGUCUGUCGCCAUCCCUUUCAGGUUAAGGAACCCCGUAAGUUUUUAAAAUGUUUGCAAAUGAAACUAAAUGUAAAUGUGAUUGUUAGAUACACCCAGCACUGAGCGGUACAUCUGCAGAGAUCUUUUGAAAUUCCUGAUUUUGAGAGAGCAAGGGAGUGUUUACUGAGAAAUAAUUAAAUCAGAUUUUCAUAUGAGCUACACCAUCCCUCUCUUUUCGUUUCAUUUUGUGUUGAUUAAUAAUUCCCGAAUGCGCAUCUUCUGUGCUUAGUGCCAGUAGUACUUGUGGCUCCCAGAAGGUAGAGGUGCUGUUGGGCUUAAGCUCCAUUCCACCCAUUCCCAGGGAGAAAAGCUUUGGUUAAACUGCCAUCUGCUUAAAUGGAACAUCAACAGAUUGAGUUGCCUGUUUCAGCUUUUGUAAAUAUAUAUAGUUAAUGUGAUUCUGAUAUUAUAUCCAUACUUGAAUUGGUUUCUCCAUAUUUUGCCUGUUUGUUAGCAGAUAUUUUGCCUAUUUUCAGCAAAUUAAAUCUAUUGAGUACUUUUUCUUAAAUGCAAAAAGAUGAUAUUACUCUUCAACACUGCUGCUUAAUUUGACUAAGUAUGCUAGAUUUACCUGUCAUUUUAAAAAUAACUUUAUUUUCCCAUGGAGACCAUGUGUAGGAAGAAGGAUUUUUUGUUUUGUUUUAAUUAUAGUCAUGAAAAUCCAACAACAGUCUCAUUAUGGUUCUGCAUAGAUUCCCUAUAGACAAAAGAAAGGAAGGGAGGGAGGGAAGAAUUUUCUUGAGAAAUCUAUUGGAUGCCAUCUGAGGCAGCCAGGGCUCCCAUCACUGGUUGUCAGAGAAGGGUUAAAAGAUGCACUCACUCCCUCUUCUUGUCAUAUGGAGAGAGACUGAGGAUUCUUGAUAUGCUAGGACUAUCUUCUAAGAUAAAAGGUCUUACACCAAGAAAGGUUAAAUUUCAACUAUCAAAAAAAAAAAAAAAAAAAAAGCUUUCUUUUUUUCAAUGAAGUUCACUCUGAUGCCAGAGUGUCUGAGUCAGGGACUGUAUGUCUCAUACUUCGGUGUGUGGCAUAUGCCCCCCCGCCCCCAAAGUUCAUGACAUCAUAACUCAGGUAGCUCAAGUGCAGGUUGAUACCUGGGUAAUAAACGCAGCUCUGCAGUGGCAGGUGUGACGCCUGUGUCGUUUCCUUCGGGCUCCAGGUGAGGUCCCCCUCCCGGCAGAGGAAUAGCAGAGGGGUCACACCUUCAAAGGAAGCCAUGCUGACUUGGACAGCUUCUGAUACAGUCCCUUUCUACUGAGGAGAGCUUCAAGUCUGAAAACAGUUUAGUUUCUGAGACUAAGGAACUGUAGUGCAGCCAUGUAGAAUGAUACAGUUGAGCAAGGGACGGUCCUCCAUGGUCAUUCCGUGUUCAGGUUUGGUGUGCCAUCACAUUAAAGGAUGAAUCCCAAGCCUUCACCCACAUGUAUGUAAGGACGUCACCAACCACCAUCCUGGUCUCGGCCUGACCACUUACCCCCUUUCAAAUAGGUUUCCAGAAGUCAAGCCCUAGUGACAUGCCUCCAUAGAUAAUAUUUUCUUCAGUUGUGUCAUUUUUCUUAAAAAAAAAAUUCAGAGUGAGUGGGGUAUAGCUCUGAGUAUUUUUCUAGUGUUUUUUAAAUUAUUAUUAAACAGUGCUGCUGGGUCAUGUGGCUCUAACAUUUCUCUGAUUUUUUUUUGGGUUUUUUGCAAAAAGGGCUACAGUUCACACUGCAGAGUAAGUAUUAAGCUCUGGGUCUCCUCCCCGCCUCAUCAAGCCCACCAUCCUUCUGUGGCCCAAAAGAAUUAAAACUUUUAAUAUAAAUAGAGAGCAUAUUUAUAUCAUUCCUCAAUAGUUAAUUAUAGGGUUUGGUACCUUUGUGCCUCAGGGAAGCCACGUGAUAUAACUGGUUAUAGACUUUCAGGGUUAGGGUGUAGAGAAAGGAGAAAGCCAUUGGAAAACGUGAUGGGCUCCACUAAGGAGACUAAUUAACCUAGGUGCAGAAGUGUGCCAGGACCGGCAUCAAUGUGAUUGUAGUAGAAUUUGUUUCCCAGUACUAGUAGGGAAAUUUGUUUAAGUUAUUACAUAUACUAUAGUAGGAGAGUUGAGAACUCCUCAUGACGCAUCGAUGCCUCUUAUUUUUGCUUACCAGCCUCGGUAAUUAGGAACUCAGUAUUGAUAUUUGAACACUUUGAAGAAAACACACUUUCUAUUUAAGUGUGCUAAAGGUUGUUCCAUGAUUCACUUAGCUUUUUUCUUUUCUUCGGAUGCACACCAGAGGCGGAUAAUGAUGCCACGCUUAGUGUCAUCUUCACACAGUCUUGCCUCUGACAGUGGAAAUCCAGACAGACCCCAGGACCUUGACUUCAAGCCGGCUAUGGUUCUGUUCCCUUGGCUGUCAGUCUCAAGGUCCCAUAGUUCUGCCUUCUGUGGAUUAAGGGUCUGAAGCCCCUGUGAUGAGCAUAGGACACAGCUCCAGUCAUGUUAUGAGAUAACGUCAGAAUAUUGGUAAAAGAUCCUAAGCAUUACCGAAACAGUGAAAACAAAACAGGGUCCUGUUGUUGCUUUUUAGUAAUGCGUCAGCAAGUGUGUGCCCUCACGACUUCCCUAGUGAGCAGUAGGGGAAACAGACACAUGUUCCAGUUCUGUUUAACUUUCUAAACAAAAGUAACAUGCUGAGAACGAAGUUCUGUCGUUUAGGAUGAAAUCACAGAUUGCUUCUCUCUACUAAAUAAUCCGGGCGUUAAGAGGGCUGGUCGUUCUCACCAUGUAUAGUGUUACACGCAGUUAAAUUUUAUGGCUAUAUUUGUAAAAACCUGUUCUUUUAUAUUUCAUGUCAAAUUGAAAACUUAUUUCUUCACUGUUGUACCUGUGGAAAUACAAGCCAUUUUACAGGAAAAAUCUUCAAAAGCUAUUAAACAAAUCUCACAUGUUCGCAAGUCGUCUCCAGACUCUUGUUAUCCCCGGCUUCAUCGGGACAUUGAGUAGGACGUGGAUGCAGACGUAGACUUUAUUGGUACUUUCUGGAAGUUCCAUGUGAGUCCAAACAGACAGGUUUGUUGUUGUCUUUUACUCUACACAUCGCAUACUUAAAUCUGUGUUCUGAAAUCCUCCAGAUUUUUUAUUAAAGAAACUCCAUUGGUGCUUAUAUUACUAUUUCUUGUGGCA